AUGUCCACCAACAACUACCUAGGGCAGAAUCAACCUGGUGUAGCCAACCACUUGGCCAGGCGCACGGUGGAAAAUUCAGUCCCGUACAUUAUUCCAGUGCUCGAUGCUCUUCCAGCCAAUUUCACUCUCCUGGACGUGGGUUGUGGCCCAGGCAGCAUCACCAUUGAUAUCGCUCGCCGUUAUCCAUCAUCCACAGUGUUGGGUGUUGACAGCCCCGACGCCAUUGAGACAGCACGCUCUAAUGCGCAGGAAGCUGGUGUUCACAAUGUGAAAUUUGCAGUUGGAGACGCACUGGAACUAGGAAAGGCUGCCGAGAACCCAGGCUUUGAGGUUGUGAAGGGUGGUUGUGAUGUUGUCCACACCCACCAGGUUCACAUGCACGUCCAAGAUGCCGCUAAGUUCAUGCGUGAGCUUCGCGAAGCAGCGAAGCCGCACGGCGGCAAGGUCUGCUGUCGUGAGGUUGACCUUGGCAUGGUGGCGUUCUGGCCCGAGAUGCCUCCUAUGAUCAAGUUUAAUUCAGUGAUUCCAAAGAUGAUGCAAGCACGAAACCAGGACCCACAUGUGGGGAGAAAGCUACUGUCGCAUGCUCUUGCGGCUGGUUUCAAGCGAGAAAACAUAGAAGUCAGUUUGGGACACUGGAUCUAUUCGACGCCUCCUGAACGGGAGUCGUGGGCGGCAAUGUUCAUCGAAAACUUGAGUAACCAGGCUUCGUUAGCUAAUAUCGAGGAAACACAAACGCAGUACAACAUAGAGAAGAUGGACAUGUCUGAAGUGUUGGAAUCAUGGCAGAAGUGGGUAAAGGCAGAGGAUGGUUGGUACGCAAUGCCGUCGUCCCAGGUCGUGUGUGAGAGGAAGGAUUGA